CGCCUAGUGUUGACGAGGGGUCUCAACUUCCCGGCAGUCCUCGAGGUCGUUCCUGGUGGAAAGAUCCACCGGGCACCACCUGCCGGUGCCCCCCUCGAAAGCGUUGGUUCCUCUCUUACGGUCCAGGACGUCGCGAAGGUCGUCGAUGCGGGCGGUGUCGGAUCCACGGGCCCUGCGAUUUCCUGGAUCCACGGGCGCAUGGGGGACUCCUCCUCCAACGCGGCACCGGCGGGUGUCGGAGGAGAACGCACAUGGUCUGGAGCGCGGCCACCUUGGUGGCCUCGCCAGCGCCCGGCCGACGGCGCGCUGGUGGGGGCUCGACGAGCAGGCACCGCCGGGGGGAGCUGAGCCCCCUGCCGCUAGAAGACUGGCUGAGCCGCAACGAUGUCCCAUGCCAUACCCAGUGGUUCCCAGCGUGCUGGCGGCGAAGGCCGCUGCCGCCGCUGUGCCUGCGAUCGACGGGAGGGCAUGGUUGAUGAUGAUUGAUACAACAAAUAUUUAAUAUUUGGAUUUAGCUGUGGUGUUCAAACACAUCUAUCCCCUGUCCCUGCAACAGCAGAAUACAAUCAAUCCACUGCAACUGAGACUAGCCACUGGACAAUGGCUGAUAAUGGACAGAUAGACUGUUUCUCAACCAUGGCAAGUACACCAAUUUUAACAGUAAAGACCCUUCAUAUCAAUUCAGCGAUUCUUGCUGCAAGAAGUCGCUUCUUUAUAAAGCUUUUCUCAAAUGGCAUGAAUGAAUCUGAUCAGACGCAUCCAAGAAUCAGGAUUGCUGAUUCAGAGGAAAAGGCCUUUAUGGAGCUUUUAAGCUUCAUGUACAGUGGAAAGUUGACAACAAUUGAGCCCACUCUUCUGCUCGACAUCUUAAUGGCUGCCGACAAAUUUGAGGUUCUUUCUUGCAUGCGGUACUGCAGUCAGCUGCUCAGAAGCCUGCCUAUGACCACAGAAUCUGCACUGCUAUACCUUGACCAUCCAUGCUCCCUUUCAAUGGCUGCUGAAGCUCAGAGUGUGGUAGGUGCAGCCAGGGAAUUCCUUGCUGAGAAAUACAAGAUUUUAGACAAGUUUGAAGAAGUGAUGAACAUCUCUCUUUCUGGAAUCGAGGCGAUCUUUUCGAGCACUGACAUACAAGUAGCAUCUGAAGAUGCGGUAUAUAACUUCUUGCUUGAGUGGGCCCGUGCGCGAUACCUGGAACCGGAGGAAAGACGCGAGAUCUUGAGCAGCCGUUUGCUUCCGCUGGUACGCUUCAGUCAUAUGACAUGUGCCGCACUUCAGGAGAUCCUAGCAUGCACUGAUGAUGAUAUAGACCGUGAGCAAGUAACCAAGCGCAUCAAUGAGGUCCUCCUCCACAAAGCUUACCCAACCCAGAUGGAAGGUGCUCUUGCAGCAGAUGUAUCAACUCUCGAUUGGCAAUCUGCUGAGCGAACUUACGGGUCCAAACAUGUGAAAGCGGUUGCGUUUGAUCGACCUUACCCACAGGUUAUAGUUUACAUGGAUCUAACGCGCGCCGAAUGCUCCGGAUUCUUCCCAUCAGGAGUUAUAUUGUCGGACUGGUUCAAUCUCGCAGGUCAGAAAUUCUAUCUCAUGGCAAACUGUGUACUGGAUGAGGAGACAGAGUUGUACAGCUUUUGCCUCUGGUUAGGGAUAUAUGGAAAUUCUAUCUCAGGCUCGUCGUGUUUCGAUAUUGAGUUUGCUGCAAGGACAAGAUCGUCAGGAAAAUUCUUGAGCAAGUACGGCGGUAGGCACACAUUCAGCGGGUCUUUGCUGGAGGGAUGCGAUGAUCUUUUUGGAGUUCCAUGGUCGACGUUCAUUGCGGACGACAGCCUCUUCAUUGACGGCGUGCUGCAUCUGAGAGUUGAUCUGACUGCGGUGGAGCAGCCUGAAUUACAGACCUGAUGGUAUUUCACUCAGCAAAGUUAGGGUGUGUCUUGAGCCCUGCAUGUGAUACUGUGAGCUGCUGCAGCAGCCAGGAAGUUUAAUCCCUGGGCAUUGUCCGGGGUAACCUGAAUCAUGUGUUGUUGUUGUUGAUCGGUUGCUACUGCAAGUCAGUAGUAACAUGUGUGUGUGUGUGCGCUGACUGCUGACUUUUGUAUGUUGCUAUCAUACUUCAGAAUUUUAUUUAUGCCUGUG